GUUCAGCAACAGGUUCACCCAAACCUUUCAGCAAAAGAAGAUUCCCUCUAUUACAUUGAAGAGUUGAUACUUCAGCUGCUAAACAAACUAUGCAUUGCUCAGCCACGGACUGUCCAAGACGUAGAGGAGCGUGUUCAAAAGACAUUUCCUCAUCCAAUAGACAAGUGGGCGAUUGCUGAUGCGCAGUCUGCUAUAGAGAAACGAAAAAGAAGAAGCCCUCUCCUGCUACCUGUGGACAAAAUACAUCCUUUAUUAAAGGAGGUCCUAGGUUAUAAGGUAGAUUACCAUGUGUCUCUGUAUAUUGUGGCUGUCUUGGAAUACAUCUCAGCUGAUAUUUUAAAGCUGGCUGGAAACUAUGUUUUCAAUAUACGACACUUUGAGAUCUCCCAGCAGGACAUUAAAGUAUCAAUGUGUGCUGACAAGGUUUUGAUGGAUAUGUUUGAUCAGGAUGACAUUGGUUUGGUUUCUCUCUGUGAAGAUGAGCCCUCCUCUUCUGGGGAACUCAACUACUAUGACCUAGUGAGAAACGAAAUUGCAGAAGAAAGGCAAUAUCUGCGGGAGCUGAAUCUGAUAAUAAAAGUAUUUCGGGAAGCUUUCCUAUCAAACAGAAAAUUGUUCACACCUAAUGAUAUCGAUGUGAUAUUUAGCAACAUUUCAGAUAUUCACGAGUUGACAGUGAAGCUUUUGGGAUUGAUUGAGGAUACCGUUGAAAUGACAGACGAAAGUAGUCCUCAUCCGCUGGCUGGCAGCUGCUUUGAGGAUCUUGCAGAGGAGCAGGCCUUUGAUCCAUAUGAAACCUUGUCCCAGGAUAUUCUCUCUCCACAAUUUCAUGAGCAUUUUAAUAACUUAAUGGCAAAACCUGCUGUUGCUCUCCACUUUCAGUCUACUGCUGAAGGGUUUAAAGAAGCUGUACGAUACGUUCUCCCACGACUCAUGCUUAUCCCAGUCUAUCAUUGUUUGCACUACUUUGAGUUACUGCAG